GUGCGACAGGAGGCCUCCGUUAAUGCGCCUCCAAGAUGGCGACGCUGUUGGCGGUAAAUUCGGCUGCCAGCCUCUGGGGUCCUUACAAAGACAUUUGGCAAACAGUGGGAAAUGCUCUUUGGAGAAGACAACCUGAAGCUGUCCACCUUCUUGACAUGAUUUUGAAGAAACACAAACCUGACUUCAUCUCAUUGUUCAGAAACCCACCAAAAAAUGUCCAACAACACGAGAAGGUUCAGAAAGCCAGUACAGAGGGAGUCGCUAUCCAGGGUCAACAGGGAACCCGACUUCUUCCUGAACAGCUCAUUAAAGAGGCCUUUAUCCUUAGUGACCUUUUUGAUAUUGGAGAAUUGGCAGCUGUUGAGCUUCUCCUUGCUGGAGAGCACCAACAGCCACAUUUUCCUGGUCUCACCAGAGGAUUAGUAGCUGUUCUUUUAUACUGGGAUGGAAAACGGUGCAUUGCAAACUCCCUGAAAGCCUUGAUACAGUCCAGACGAGGAAAAACAUGGACCCUUGAACUCAGUCCAGAGCUGGUUUCCAUGACAACCCGCUUUACAGAGGAGCUGAUGGAGCAAGGAUUGACUUAUAAAGUCCUUACUCUGGUGUCACAGAUUGAUGUGAACAAUGAGUUUGAGAAACUACAGCGGGAGAGAGGUUUGGGCAGUGAAAAACACCGAAAAGAGGUUUCUGAUCUCAUCAAGGAGUGCAGGCAGUCUCUGGCAGAAAGCCUUUUUGCCUGGGCUUGUCAGUCACCUUUAGGCAAAGAUGACACUCUGCUUCUUAUUGGACAUUUGGAAAAAGUGACAGUUGAGGCUAAUGGCUCGUUGGAUGCCGUGAAUCUGGCUCUUCUUAUGGCUCUUCUGUACUGCUUUGAUAUCAGUUUUGUAGAACAAAGCACAGAGGAAAGAGAUGAUAUGAUUCAUCAACUUCCACUGUUGACAGAAAGACAGUACAUCGCAACAGUUCACUCCCGCCUUCAAGACUCACAGCUUUGGAAACUCCCUGGGCUGCAAGCCACUGUUAGACUUGCCUGGGCACUGGCAUUGAGAGGAAUAUCUCAGCUACCUGAUGUGACAGCUCUGGCUGAAUUUACAGAAGCAGAUGAAGCAAUGGCAGAGCUUGCAAUUGCUGACAAUGUUUUCCUGUUCCUCACUGAAUCCGUAGUGGUGUCAGAAAACUUCUAUCAGGAGGAAUUUUAUAUCCGUAGAGUCCAUAAUCUCAUCACAGAUUUCCUUGCACUUAUGCCAAUGAAGGUGAAACAGUUGAGGAAUCGGGCAGAUGAAGAUGCUCGAAUAAUUCAUAUGAGUAUGCAGAUGGGUAAUGAACCUCCCAUUUCACUUAGAAGAGAUCUGGAACACUUAAUGCUCUUGAUUGGUGAGCUAUAUAAAAAGAACCCUUUUAAUUUGGAGCUUGCUCUCGAAUAUUGGUGUCCCUCAGAGCCUCUUCAGACUUCCACUAUCAUGGGUUCUUACCUUGGGGUGGCUCAUCAGCGACCCCCUCAACGCCAGGUUGUCUUGUCAAAGUUUGUUAGGCAAAUGGGUGACCUAUUGCCUCCAACGAUUUACAUUCCUUAUUUGAAAAUGCUCCAGGGAUUGGCCAAUGGGCCCCAGUGUGCUCACUACUGUUUCAGCCUGCUUAAAGUCAAUGGUAGUAGUCAUGUUGAAAAUAUUCAGGGAACAGGUGGCAGUCCUGUUUCCUGGGAACAUUUCUUUCACUCCUUAAUGCUUUACCAUGAGCACCUCCGGAAGGAUCUUCCGAGCGCAGAUAGUGUCCAGUACCGUCACCUUCCUUCACGUGGCAUCACCCAGAAGGAGCAGGAUGGAUUGAUUGCUUUUUUACAGCUCACCUCCACCAUCAUUACUUGGAGUGAAAAUGCUCGUCUGGCACUCUGUGAACAUCCUCAGUGGACGCCGGUUGUGGUGAUUCUGGGACUCCUGCAAUGCAGUAUCCCCCCUGUUCUCAAAGCAGAGUUGCUGAAGACCCUUGCAGCUUUUGGAAAAUCCCCUGAAAUUGCUGCUUCCCUUUGGCAGUCGUUGGAAUACACUCAGAUACUGCAGACCGUAAGGGUUCCAAGCCAGAGGCAAGCUAUUGGUAUCGAGGUUGAACUAAAUGAAAUAGAAUCCCGGUGUGAAGAAUACCCACUGACUCGGGCUUUUUGCCAGCUUAUUAGUACUUUGGUGGAGAGCUCAUUUCCUUCUAAUUUGGGUGCUGGCCUGCGGCCCCCUGGCUUUGACCCUUAUUUGCAGUUCCUUAGAGAUUCUGUGUUUCUCCGAUUCCGCACAAGAGCUUACCGGAGAGCAGCUGAAAAGUGGGAAGUUGCUGAGGUUGUUUUGGAGGUGUUUUAUAAAUUGCUCAGAGAUUAUGAGCCUCAACUUGAAGAUUUUGUAGACCAGUUUGUGGAAUUACAAGGAGAAGAAAUCAUAGCCUACAAGCCACCAGGAUUUAGUCUGAUGUAUCAUCUUCUGAAUGAGUCACCAAUGUUGGAGCUUGCCCUUAGUUUACUGGAAGAAGGCGUUAAGCAGCUGGAUACCUAUGCCCCUUUCCCUGGGAAGAAACACUUGGAGAAAGCAGUGCAGCAUUGCCUUGCACUUCUCAAUCUGACUCUGCAAAAGGAAAAUCUCUUUAUGGAUCUUCUAAGAGAGAGUCAGCUGGCUCUAAUAGUCUCUCCUUUAGAACAGCUGUUACAGGGAAUCAAUCCCAGAACUAAGAAGGCUGAUAAUGUGGUGAAUAUUGCCAGAUACCUCUAUCAUGGCAAUACUAAUCCGGAAUUGGCUUUUGAAAGUGCCAAGAUCCUCUGCUGUAUCUCUUGCAAUUCCAAUAUUCAGAUAAAAUUGGUUGGAGAUUUCACACAUGACCAGAGUGUAAGUCAGAAGCUGAUGGCUGGAUUUGUGGAGUGUUUGGAUAGUGAAGAUACAGAAGAAUUUGUACGUCUAGAAGAGGGAUCAGAACUUGAAAAGAAGCUAGCUGGAAUCCGUCAUGAAACAAGAAUCCACAUCUUGAAUCUUCUCAUCACCUCUCUGGAACGCAACCCACCCAACCUUGCUCUCUAUCUCCUGGGCUUUGAACUGAAGAAACCUGUCAGUACCACAAACCUGCAAGAUCCAGGAGUGUUAGGUUGCCCUCGGACGUGCCUUCAUGCCAUUUUAAACAUCUUGGAGAAGGGAACUGAAGGGAGAACAGGCCCGGUGGCAGUGAGAGAAUCUCCUCAACUCGCUGAACUAUGUUACCAGGUGAUACAUCAGUUGUGUACAUGCUCUGACACAUCCGGUCCUACUAUGAGGUACUUGAGAACCAGCCAGGAUUUCUUAUUUUCUCAGUUGCAACAUUUACCUUUCUCUAACAAAGGUAGGACGUUAUUUUCCCACACUAUUGAAAUCAGCACUAUACUUCAGUAUGUGGUAGGAAGAAACAAAUUGCUGCAGUGUCUUCAUGCAAAACGGCAUGUGUUAGAGUCAUGGAGACAGCUGGUAGAAAUUAUACUGACGGCUUGUCCCCAGGACCUCAUUCAGGCAGAGGAUCGACAACUGAUUAUUCGUGAUAUUUUACAAGAUGUGCAUGAUAAGAUCCUGGAUGAUGAAGCAGCGCAGGAGUUAAUGCCGGUGGUGGCAGGUGCCGUGUUCACCCUGACUGCUCACCUAAGCCAGGCCGUUCGCACGGAACAGAAGCAACCACUAGUCUUGGGACCCGGAGAGACCCAUUACGCUUUUAUGCUUGAGAGUUCUUUCACGCCCCCUCCUCCAGCAGACAGCCCUGUGGUGGGUUUUGCUUCUAUUGGAGAUUCUUCGCUUCACAUUAUAUUGAAGAAGCUCUUGGACUUCAUUUUGAAGACAGGUGGCGGAUUCCAGCGAGUGAGGACACACCUGUAUGGCUCUCUGUUGUAUUACUUACAAAUCGCCCAAAGACCAGACGAACCAGACACAUUAGAAGCAGCCAAGAAAACCAUGUGGGAAAGGCUGACAGCCCCUGAAGAUGUAUUUAGUAAAUUACAGCGAGAAAACAUAGCCAUCAUUGAGAGCUACGGUGCUGCCCUCAUGGAAGUGGUCUGUCGAGAUGCCUGUGAUGGUCAUGAGAUUGGAAGGAUGCUGGCCCUGGCUCUACUUGAUCGGAUUGUCUCCGUAGAUAAGCAGCAGCAGUGGCUUUUGUAUCUUUCUAAUAGUGGCUAUUUGAAGGUGCUUGUGGACAGCUUGGUAGAAGAUGACCAUACUUUGCAGAGCUUACUAACUCCACAACCUCCCCUUUUAAAAGCCCUUUAUACUUACGAAUCCAAAAUGGCAUUUCUUACAAGAGUGGCUAAGAUACAGCAGGGUGCGUUAGAGCUGCUGAGGUCUGGGGUGAUAGUGAGACUGGCACAAUGCCAGGUCUAUGACAUGCGCCCAGAGAUGGACCCACAGGGCAUGUUCGGCAUGAGAGACCCACCAGUGUUCAUCCCUGCCCCGGUGGACCGCUAUCGGCAGAUUCUGCUCCCAGCUCUCCGCUUGUGCCAGGUCAUCCUCACGUCCAGCACAGCCCAGCACUUACAGGCAGCGGGGCAGGUGAGAAGAGCCCUUGGUGUAGAAGGCGUCACGCAGAGUCUUCCUUUUAUCAUUGCACAAACCCGAGGCAUCGACAGUGCCCGGGCCUUUACCUUAGUCACACUCUCUGUGGCAGCCCUGGGCGUCGAAGGCCAGCCCCUUGUGCUUUGCUGUGAACUUCAUUGGCCCGCUCUUGACUCUUAUUUGAAUGAAACCCCACAGCGAAGAACAGAAUACCUUAUACUGGGUAUAUUAAAUGAACUUGAUGUUGAUGUAAAUGAAGGAUCUCUAAUGGAGCUACAGGGACAUAUCGGAAGAUUCCAGCGUCAGUGUUUAGGACUACUAAGCCGCUUUGGGGGCUCUGACAGACUGCGUCAGUUUAAAUUUCAAGAUGAUAAUGUGGAGGGAGAUAGAGUGAGCAAAAAAGAUGAACUCGAACUGGCCAUGCAGCAGAUCUGUGCCAAUGUCAUGGAAUAUUGCCAGUCACUCAUGUUACAGAGCUCCCCCACAUUUCAGCAUGCUGUGUGUCUCUUUACCCCUAGCCUGUCAGAAACCAUUAAUAGAGAUGGACCCCGGCAAGGUGAGGCUGCUCCUUUCUUUCUGUAUUUGAGGAUUAAGCUGCUGUGA